AUGAGUAACAAAAAACAAAAAGAAGAAAUUAACACUGCUGGUGGUAGUGUUAUUUUAAAAACAAUGGUUAGAGAUAAAGAUAAAGAACAAAAAGAAGAAAAGAGAGAGAAAAAAGAGAAAAAGAGAUUAGAGAAAAAAGAAGCAGAAAAUGUUAAAAAAGAGAAAAAAAAAGAGAAAAAAGAGUUGAAAAAGAUUGGAAAAGCAGGUAGAUCAGGAUCAAUUACAAGUGAUUCAAGUACACAUAGUGGUGCUCAAGAAUUUGAUUCCUAUGGUAAUGAUAGUAAUGGUGGUGGUGGCGGUUUAUCAGCAUCAAUAGAUUCAAAUGGAUUAUCAAGUAGUGGACAACCAAUGCAAACUAGACAUUUGGAGAAAGAAGUUGGUGAAAAACAAGGUAUCUAUAGUUUAAGUUCUCAAGAUAGAUCAUCAUCAUUACCUCAUUCCUCACAAGAUGAUCAAGCGAAACCAUUGAUAACAGAGAGUGAAAUCUUUAGUUCAGAGAGUUUUUUAAUUGCAGUAUCAGAUACCGAUCAUUUAGGACCAGCAAUUAAAUCAGUAUUUGAAAAUAAUAAAGAAAAAGAAGUCAUAAAGAUAUUGAAUGCAUAUAUCGCUCAAAAAGAUUUAGAUAUUGAAAAGAUUUGUGGUGAAAAUCAUGAAGGUUUCAUUAAUUCAGUAACUGCAUUCCUUGGUUUAAAAGGUGAGAAUUUAGAUUUAAAACAAGAUGUAAUCAAUUUAAAUUAUGAACUUCAAGAGAUUGGUAGAAAAUAUGUUACAAAAGCAGAGGAAUUAUUUGCUUAUAAACAAAUCAAAGAUAAUAUAAAGAGAACAAAAGAAGUUUUAAACAAUUGUCAAUAUGCCAUACUUUUAGGUAUGAAAGUCGAUGAAUAUGUACAACAAAAGAAAUACUAUCAAGCCAUUAAAAACAUGGAUCAAUUACAUAACGUUUAUUUAAAGAAAUUAUCGGAUUUUCAAUUUGCAAGAAAUAUGGAUUAUAAUAUACCAGUAUUGAAGGAAAAGAUUAAAAAAUUGGUAAAAGAUGAAUUCAAUCAAUGGAUGGUUGAAAUUAAAGAGAAAUCCGCUGUCAUUGGUAAAUUGGGUAUGAUUCAAACUUCAAAGAAACUUUUGAAAGAACGUGAAAUCAAUCCAUUGAAAAUCAAGACCACCUUUGGUGAGAAUGAACAAAUUUGGGAUAAAAUAUUGGAUAUACCACCAAUUAUAAACUCUAGUAGUAUUGGUUCAUUGGCUCUUUAUCCAACAUUAAAUUCACCUGUCACUGCACCAAUUUAUUCACCAAAUUCUGGAAAAACACCAUCUUCAUUUGGUUUCAAUAAACAAAUCAAUGAAAAGGAUCUAAAGGAGGAUAUCAAUCAAUUCUCACCAUUUGAUGAAUCGGAUAUUCAAUUUCAUCCACUUUAUCAAUGUCUUUUCAUUCAUGCAAGUAUAGGUCAACUUGAGGAAUUUCAAGCUUAUUAUACAUUGAAUAGACUUUUACAAUUCCAAUUGGUAAUUCAACCAAAAGAGAGUGGUCAAGUUUGGGAAUUAUUCCUUCAACAAAUUCUUGGUUAUUUCAUGGUAGAAAGUAAAGUUAUCGAUAGUACUGAGCCUUUUCUAUCAAAAACAACCAUUAACGAUAGUUGGAAUUCCGCUUUGGUUAAGGUUACCUCUGUACUUCAAGAAUUAUUCACUCAUUGUGUUGAUACUCAACCUUUAAUUGCAUUUAAAAAGUUUGUUUUAAUCUUUACCAAUACAAUGUCAUUCUAUUCCUAUCAUGUACAACCACUCUAUUAUUUCUUGGAUACAAUGAAAGAGAAAUAUUGUCAAUUCUCAAUUAAAGAAGCUGUUGAAAGAUUUACAAUCAUUUUAGAACGUGAUUCACAUUGUUCUUUAAUCAUUGAGUCUUUAGAAGAAUAUAAAUCACUCAUUUUAGCAAAUAAAUUAGAUAUUUUAGAAAGACAACAAUUAAGACAAUUACAAAAUUCUUUAAAUAAUAAUCAAUUUCAAUUUGGUGAUAAAAAUUUAAAUAAUAAUAAUAAUAAUGAUGAUGAUGAUGAUUAUUUUGAUGAAGAUGAAAAUGAAGAUGAUAAAAUUUCAAAAAGAUUACCAAAAUCAUUUUUAUUUUCAAAAAUGGUACCACAAUUUUAUACAUUAAUUAAAAAAUUUAUAUCAGAAUUUUAUGAAUUUUCAGAUCAAUUAACAGAGAAUGAAAAUUUUAUAAUUAGAUCAACAGAUACAUUGAUUAAAAAAAUCAAUGAAGUUUUAUAUAGUUAUUUAACUCAAAGUCAAGCUGUACCACAAGUAAUUCAAUUAGUUAUUAAUUUACAACAUUUAAUAUCAGGUUGUUCAUUCUUUAAAGAUUAUUUAAAUAGUUUAAUUUUAGGUGAAGAUUAUCAAAAGAAUCAAUCGAUUGUCAAUGAAACUAAUAAAGUUAUUUUAAAUUCUCAAAACUUACUUUACACUACAAAGAGUCAUGGUGAAAAAUUAAUUAUUAAACUUUGUGAACAAAAGAUUGAAGAUCUAAUGUCAUCAGCUGCAAAUAUUGAAUGGUUCCCUCAAAAUGCAAUAGAUGAUCGUCCAAGAGAUUAUAUAAUUGAUGUUUGUACUUUCUUAGAGGUAACACUUCCUUUCAUUUCUCCACUCUCUCAAAAUUUAAAAGAGGAAUUCAUUACCAAAGCUUUUAAAAAUAUUUCAGAGUCUUUAUUCUCUUUGAUAUAUGAUGAUCAAUUAAAGAAAUUAAAUCUUCAAGGUGUGAAAUCUUUUGAUGCUGAUUUGAAAUAUAUUGAAACUUACGUCAAAGAGAAAGCAAAUGAAAAGGAAAGAACAACUACCACCAGUAGAAAUAUGGUUGGUUACUUUGUAGAAUUACGUCAACUUACAAACUUUUUACUCUCUGAUAAUCCUGAGGAUUUCGUUGAUCCAAAAAUAAAAGCAAAACAUUACAAUCUAAUUACAAAUAUUCCUCAACUAUUAAAUAUUUUAAAUAAAUAUAAAGAAGAAUCUAAAGGUUUCACAACUUCAAAAGAAAUUAAAGAUAGAAAUAAAAAAAUUGCUGACGCAAUUAAAAAAAUUAAAGAUUCUUUAUAA